CUUUGCCGAAACGCGCCCGGGGAGAAGGACUUAAGGCCGCCAUGCCCAAGCCAGACCGAAAAAGGCCAGUAGCAGCGGUGCUGCUGCUACUCGCGGCUGGACAAGCGUUCUUGGGCCAGCCAGAGCACACAACCACGAGCAAGCGUGUGACAAGCCUUGGAAGACGCGAAGGGCUUCUUUUCGGUUUGGCUCCGCUGGCAGAGGUGUUGCGGCCAGAACCUGCCGUUGCCGAGAGCUUGGCCGGCAAGAAGGUUGCUGUCCUCGGUGGAUCUGGGUUCGUUGGGAAGAGAAUCUGCGAAGGCCUGGUGGCACAAGGUCCCAAAGUGGUCAGCCUUUCCCGCUCUGGCGCUCCCAAGUUGACAGCGCCGUGGGUUAGCGAAGUUCGAUGGCAAAGCGGAGAUGUGCUCAGCACAGACCUGGAUCGAAUCAUGGCCGGUGCUGACGCAGUUAUCUCUGCUAUUGGCACCAUUGGCACAGCGGAUGAUGAGACCGGCAACGGCGCCACCAAUGAAGCUGCUGCCAAGGCAGCCAGAAAGGCCAACGCCAAGCGGUUUGUGCUGGUCUCAGCCUCAAAGGAUGUGGCUGAAGCCGGCGUUGAUGCAAUUUUCGGGCCAUAUGUGAAGGGCAAAAGACGGGCAGAGGCUGCAGUUGCAGAGCAAUUUGGAGCCAACGGGGUCAUCCUGCAGCCCAGCUUCAUCUAUGGUGGUGAAGAGUUCAGCGCAACUCCGCCCCGUGUGGCUGGCUGGUACGGUGAGAAGGUGGAGUCACUUCUCUCCACUGGCAUCUUCCGCGGUGUAGCUGCUGCCUCCCCUGCGGCGCUGCGAUUAGCGUUGUCGCCACCACUGGCAGUUGAGGAUGUGGCAGCUGCAGCAGUGGCUGGCGCUGCUGGGCUGGCACAGGGCACACUGAGCAACCACGACGCCAUCAAGGCAGCCAGGUAAAGACACAGGACCCUUGUGCUGCAUUAUCACCGCUCCUGGCAUGUUAUGCAGCAAGCAAAAAGAAAUGUUGGAGAAAUGUCCCCCGUGUUGAAUAUUCCUCAUGAAUACAGCGAAAAGCUUGCUUCAAUGCUUGUCAGAACGGCCUUGUAGGAUUGCUGAACCUGGCUCAUAAAUGACCCUGUUCUUGGGUAAACCAGUUUUCUCAGCAUUUUCAGGCAGCGUCCACUGGGACACAGUGCCUUUCAUAUCCUGCUGUUAUCUAUUUCUUAUGCACGUCUUAUAUGCUAAUUAUAUAGUGAAGUACAUAGUCUACUAACAUCAACUGACUACUAGUUGCACUUCGCAAGUUGGGUCGGAGAAAAACAA